AAUUGUUCCGCUUAAUUCGUUAUGGCUAUGUGUGUGUUUGUGUAGUGUUUGUGCCGUUUGUGGUGACAAGAAAUGAUAAAAUGAGCAUCGUGGACGAAACGUCGAAUGAGCCAAUACUGUACGAACUAUUGGAAUAUUUUGUUCGUAAGCAGGAACCGGAAUUGAUAAAAUGCAAGAACGACGCGGCUAUCCUCCCAACUACUGGCACAAUAAAAAAUGCUCUCAGGUAUCUCAACAACAGGUACUCCCUACCUGAGAGCAUCUCGCAGCAAGUUAGUCUCACUCUACCUUGGAAAUUUGCUGUGGGAGAUCACGGUCGAGUACUUGCUAUUUUACAAGAGAAUAUCAUUGAAAUACGAAAGGCUAAAGAUGAAUAUUCUUCCAUAGUAGGAAAAGCAUCUGCUCCAAAGGAUGCCUUUCCUCAGUGGCGUAAACUUGCCUGGAGUCCCGAUGGAAUGAUCUUAGCAUUGGCGUCUAGUAGCGGCUAUACAUCUUUUUACAAUGCAUUAGGAAAUAAUAUUUUUAAUAUAAGCCCGAAAACAAUUUCACAAGUUCCUCAUAUUCUUGAAGCUGGUGACGCUAUAGCAUCCAUGCUAUUUCUUAAGCCAAAGAUAACGAGUGAAAAAUGGAUCUAUGAGUUUAUUUUAAUUUCGUACAGCGGGUUGCUAAGGUCUUAUCAUAUUUCUACAAGUGGUUUCAGUGCAAAUUAUAACUUUUCUUUUGGCAAUUUUUACAAAAAUGGUGUUAACAUUGUUGUCUAUGAUGAAAAACAUAAUUUAUUUUAUGUUGCUGGAAAUAUGUUAACACAAAAAUUGACGUCUACUGCAUCUGAAUCUGGAUUAACUUCGUGGCGACUCUUGAAUGAUUAUCCAUACUGCAAAUUAUCGUUUACAUUUGAAGAUUCUGCCACUAGUAAUUCGCGAUUUUCUAUAUGGAAUUUAAUUCCUAUUUUCAGUUUUCAAUCAGAGUCAAUUAUAUUUUCCAUAAAAAUUUCGCCAAAUGGCGAGUUUCUGGUUUGUUUGCAUAUGGAUGGUUCAGUUUCGCUGUGGAGUUUGCCAAACUUAAUAUUACAAAAAAAAUGGAAGUUGUCUGAACAGCCGGAAUAUGAUAUAUCUAAUCCUUUAGGAUUUACGAAAUCUAAAAAAUUUCCACCAGGAUUUACAGAAUUUCAUCCAACAGAUAUCGGCUGGUGGAAUGAUCAGGCUAUUAUAAUAGCUCGAUAUUCAGGUUCCACUUCAGUCUGCUCUAUGUGGAACUUAAAAAAUCUAUUAGGUGUUAGUCCAGAAUUUCUAGCAGGACAACCACAAAUAUGCGAGCUUGGUUUAGAAAAAGGAUUUUUAUGUUUAGAUUGUGAAAUCUUUAUUACAAGUAAAAAACGAAGUCGAGAACCCAACGACGGUCAUUUGUCAGAAGCAUCAUCUGAAAGUGAGAAGGACGAUGAUGAGUUGGAACCUGUUACUAUAUUAAAUUAUACUACGAAUUUGGUACAAAGCACGUUGUAUUCAAUAACCGAUAUUGAAAGAUUUCAACCAAGAAGAAAGAAAUCGAAAGUAUUGCAUCGAACUUAUAGAAUUUUGGGCUUAAAAAGCACUACUCCGGAAGAGCUAUACUCUAGAAAAAUAGACAUUGAGGAAUACGAGGAAGCUUUAGCUUUAGCGAACACAUAUAAUUUGGAUACAGAUCUUGUAUACCAAACUCAGUGGAGAAAGUCAGAAUUAUCAUUGAAUGCCAUUGCAGAACAUUUGAGUAAAAUAAGCAAAAGAUCUUGGGUUUUAAAUGAAUGUGUUAUACGCGUUCCCGAUACUAUGGAAGCUGCAAGGGAAUUGUUAAAUUUCGGAUUGAGAGGCGCAAAUCUAGAAACUUUAGUAGCUAUCGAUAUUUGCGAUAAUGACAAAUUUGUAACUUCCGAUACAGAUGACGAUUGGCAAACGCUAGAUCAAAUUACUGUAAGUUUAAGACAGGUACAGAAAGUCAAUGAAAUGCUUGAAAAAAUAGACAUAAAAAAUUUAUCUGAGGCCCAGAAAGAUUUAAUUAAGUAUCGGAGGAAACUUCUAAAUCAUUUAGACAAAUUGCUCACGUAUGAAAUUAUAUUAGAGUCGCCACUCAAAUACAAGAAAGAAUUUUAUGAAGAGUUUCGAAGGUUGUCACCUAUUACAAAUGCAAUUAGAUUUGCUAAAGAUAGUGAUUAUCGAGCUGUUGAAAUUAUGUUUACCUAUUAUGGAGAAACUUUGUUGCCUCAUUGGCUAGCAAUUAUCAGCUUUUUUCCAGAAACUUUGAAUACAUUAGAUUACCAAAAAUUGCUACCAGAAUGCGAUUCAGAAGGUCAAUUAUUUUUGUUAGAUCAACGUGAAUUACGACAAAAAGAUUGGUCAGAAAAACACGAGUUUAACGAAAUAAUAAAUUUCGAUUUAGAUGAUCGAGCAGAAAUAUUAUAUGAAUUGGAUCCCUCAUUAUUAAUAUAUAGAAAUACACAGCUUACACCAGAUUUAUUACAAAAAUGGUAUAGGACUCGUGCUUAUGAAAUUGAAAAGAAUAGCUCUUUAGUAGAUAAUGCUUUGCAGUUAGUUAAAAUUGGAAAGUCUCAUAAUAUUAAAAGCCUGGAAGAUUUGUUAUUAGAAUUGGAAACUUUAGACGAUCUUGUGUACACAGUACAUUUGGAGAAUAUGCCAUUAGAUAAAUUAGAAAAAAUGAGCAACAUGGAGAAGAUAAAACUUUUGAUGAGUACAUCAAAUGAAGUAAAUUUUGUUGAAAAUAUAAAGAAUCUUUUAUUGCCUUUUAUUAAACGAAGGCAUCAAUAUUUGGGUGGAGAUCUUCAGAAAUUCUUACUAAGUGAUUAUCUAAUCUGCUUAAGCAAAGACGAUUUGACGUUUCCAGUUAAAUUCUUUGAGUGUUUAAAACAAACGCAGGAUAUUGAAAUAAUUGAAUUGAUAGAUGAUGUUACUUUAGCUUUAGAUUGUAUAUAUGCCUGUGACAAUCUUGAUAUGUAUGAAAAAGCUAAAGAUAUCCUAGAUUCGAUAUCGAAAGAUCAUGAUGAAAAAAGGUCAAACGCAACACGAGAAGAUGUAAUGUCAUUAGAAGAAUGUAAAAGAGAACUUGAUUGUGUUAGAAUAUUAAGCAAAUACGGUGUAAAAACAACGUUAAAAUUUAUACGAAAGAACAGAAACGAUCCUGAUAUUGCUAGAUCAUUGUUAAUUCAAAUGGCAAGAAGUUUAAAUAAAAGUUUGAUACCUCCAGAUGAAAGGGAAUGGGCACAAUUAUUAAAUGAUAUGUUAGAGGUACAUGGAUUAAUUUUUUCAUGUAUUGCUGUUGAAACCUGUUUCGAAAUAUGUGUUUCGGCCCGUUUACUUUCCAGAAUUAAAUGUAUUAUUCGUAAUUGUGUCACCUUAAUAGAAACCAAGAAAAAUGAAAAAUCUUUGUUAAAAGUAUCCUAUGAGAAAGCGGUUGACCUUAUAUUAGAAGCGUCCAAAGAAUAUUUUAAUGGUUCAAGAACACUUACCGAUCCACACAUGGAAUUAGCUAAAACUUGCUUGGAUCUUAUUGAAGAUGAUAACGUAAAUAUUAAAGAAGAAUACGAUCUUAUUAAAUCGCUUCAAAUACUGAAUGAAUUUAAUAUCGAUAUAUUACCUCUUCAAGUUAGAUUAACGGUAGAUAGAUUAAACUUGAUUGAACGCUGUUUAAAUAAUCAAAAAGAUGCUUAUAAAAAUCAACAAAGAUUAUUAAUGUUAGCAACUUAUUUACGAAUCGAAGGAAAUAGCAGUAGACUCCGUGAAGGAAAAAUUUUGGAACUAAUAGCUAAAAAGGCAUUUGAGACUGAAGAUUAUAGUACAUGUGCCACGAUAUGUAUGCAGUUAGCAGAAAACAAUUAUCUUCCUGCUUGGGAAAUUUGUUUAAAUUUGGGACGUUGUGAUAAUUAUCAUGAUUUAAAAAUUAGACAAAAGUGUCUAUGGUUUGCUGUAAAUAAUGGUCCUAGUGAUAUAUUGGGUAAUGUUUUAGAACAUAUGUAUUUGUUAGAAAUACAAAUGCUACAUAAGAAUUUGGAAUUGUGGAUGCCCGUUGCGGAAUUUGAAAAUUUAAAAGAUGAAGAAAGUGAUACAAGCGAAGAUGAUUUUACAGAUGCUAUGACAACGCCGCAGAUAGAAACGAAAGAGUUUGUUCCAAAAAUGUUGGAAACUUCAACGGGAAUUGUAAAAAGUUCAGCUAACAUCAUGAAAGAAUCUACAUUUAAUUUAAUAAGAAAUAUCAGUAAUACUAAUUUUUGGAAGUCUAGAUUGAACCUUAACUUUAAAAAUGAAUUAGAAACUAAUGCACAACAUGAAUUUGAAGUGGAACAAAACAAGAAAGAUAUGAAUCUUCAAAGUUUUCCAUGCUAUUAUGAAUCCUUACACGAACUGUAUAGGAUAAGUGUUAAUGAGAUAAAUUACAAUAAGUAUUCUAUGAUAGACGUAGAAAAUACAAAAUUAAAAUGUUGCCAAGCGCUUUUAAGAAUAACCAUAUUGAGUGAAUCUUCUUGUUAUGGACUAGAAAUAAGUGACAUUAACCAUUUGCUUUUAGAAUGCGCAAAGUACACUAUGUCAAACGAUUGGUUACUUAGUAUGGCGUAUCUAUUGAGUUUAAACAGAGAUUGUAUCUUAGAUGCUCAAACAAUCUUUAUAGAUUUACCACAAACUGAAUUAUAUAUACAGACUGCACUCUAUUACUAUUCAUUAGAACUGUAUAAGAAAUUAUACGCUAAUUGUGAAAAGUUAUAUUUAUACAGUCCAUUAGAUUUAGUGAAAAUUAUGCUAGUUGCAGCACAAAAGUCUGAAGAAUGUGAUAUUGUUAAAACAUUACAAUAUUGGCAAAGUCAUCUACUCAGUGAAGCACAUAUUACUAAUAUGAAACAAGUGAAAGUAAAAGAUAUAAAUACAUUAGAACUGGGACAAAUUACUACCCGUGUACAUUCUGAAGAGACUGUGAAAACCUCAAAGUCCAUUAAUGAAGAACAGAUAUCAGCAGAAUAUGUUGAUAUUACUAAUAUUCCAUCAAAUUCUAAGGCGAAUGAAGAUCUGAAAAUAGUUAUCUCAGAUGAUAUUGAUGCCGUAGAAUGGACAGAUGAUUGGGGUGAUUUUUCCGAUGAUAGCAUGGAAGCAAAUAAUGGUAAGAAGGGUAAAAUUAAAUCCAAAGAAAUUUCACGAGAAGAAACUGUUCUUUCUUUUAAUCGUAUCAUUGCCGAGUGUGAGACAGAGGAAGAUCGAUUUAAACUAUUUAAGAAACGGUUCAAUCAAAUCAAUAAUUUAGAGCAAUAUCAGGAAGUAAAAAAAAUAAUAUCGCAGUGGCCGAAAUUUAAUGUGCCAGAUCAUAUCACAAUAGAUAAUCAUCCAGUUUUAAAAAUGAUGAAAGUGAUAAUUGCGCUUAUAGAACCGAAUACGGCUGAUUUUGAAAAAAGAAUAUUAAAAGAGCAUGAGGAACUCAUUGAAUUAUUAGCGUUUAAGGAGAUCCUCAAACAGUUUUUGAAGCUCGAACGAGAUCACAUUAGCUUUAUACAAAGCCUUUACAUAAGAUUAUGCUCUCAGGAUGUCUUGAUGCAUAAAGAAGCAGUAACUCUUAUUAAAGAACAACAGACUAUUUUGUUACCACCAUUAAUAUUGGAGAAACUUUUCCGAAAUGAUUUAACAGCACUGUUUAGACCAGAUCACAUUGUAUACAAACAGAUAAUCGAAUAUGUCUUUGUAAAUGAGUCUCUAACCGGAAUUGAGGAAAAUGCAAAAAUACUUAUAAACGAGUUAAAAAAACAGAAAUAUAUACUAGAAGCUUUGCAUAUUAUAAAAUUAAUGGAGGGAAUACCAUCGAUCUUGUGCACAUUCGAUACUUGUUUUCAGCUAUUAAUACAGGAAUGAAUCCCGAAUGUAAAAAAAGCUGUGAUGUAUGUUGAAUAUAAAGGGAGAUUACAGAAAAGGUAUUUAUUACAAGUAAUCUCUGUUGUAUA